GAAGAAAGGGAAGACCCAGGGUGGCGGGGCUGAGGCAAUGGAUGUGAACCAGACCAAGCAGGAGCAUCUCUUGGCCUUGAAAGGUCCUGUUCUGAGCUGCACAGCACAUGGGAUAAGAUUCUUUUAAGCAAUAACAUCUUGUUUGUUGAGAAGCUCCUGUCCAGAAAACUUUUAAAAUAAGACAUGGAUUCCUAUUGUACAAGGAUGGAAAUGGUUCUGCACUAUCGAGCAUGGGAAAAGGACCCUGCAGCAUUGCAAAAACUUGCAGAAGAAGCCCUGAAGAAAUUUCCUAGGCGGCAGCUGCCAGUCUUCAUACCCUGGUUUCCAAAAAAUUUAUGUAAACUGCCUGUUAAACCUAGAAAAGCCCCUCCAGUUAUUUCUGUUAGAGAAGUAGAACAAGUGAAACAAUAUAUUGCUGCUUCAGAAACUAUUUGCAGCUACUCCUUACGUUAUGACUGUACAGAAGGGCUUAAGGAAUUUCAACCUAAUACAAAAGCUGGACAGACUUUACAAAUUGAGCAUGGAGAAACUGAUUUGGGUAAUUUGGAAAAACAAUCAGCAGAUGGCAGGUACAAGCUGAGGAGAACUUGGAGUGUUUCUCUACCCAACUCUAAACUUAAAGACAGCAUUCUUCCUUUAUCCCUAGAAUUGGAGAGCACUUUAAAAAAAUUAAAGCUGCAUGCAUUCUAUAGAGCAUGGUGGAUAAUAGAACCAUCCAUUUGUAAUAAUCAAGUUUUGGAAGAUAUUUGGAUAAACCUCAGUGGCAUGAUCAAACACAAUGAACUGCCAUCUUGUAAUGCUACAAUCCAGAGAUGUGAAGGCCAGAUUUUGAUUUUUUGUGAUAUAUUAUACUGUGAAUAUGUUGCAAACAACCUUCGAAAAAAGUUAAAUAUUAAGGGAAAGAUGAAUCUACUUGUGCACAAAUAUGGGAUUAUACAUAGUUUAUAAUUUUUAGCUAAAGCAAGCAGUAGCCCACUUGGGAUUCAAUAACCCAGAAUGAGCAUAAGUGCUGGUGUAUAUUUUCCAGUCACACUA